CCACACACACACCGCUGGCCGGAAACGGAAGGGAAGGAAGGAGGCAUGUCGGGUGGCGCGCUGGAGGAGGCGGUUUGAGGCAUCGAGACGGUCAGCCUGACAGAAAUUAAAUUAUGGAUAUCCGACCAAACCACACGCUGUAUAUCAAUAAUGUUAAUGACAAAAUUAAAAAGGAAGAAUUGAAAAGAUCUCUGUAUGCACUGUUUUCUCAGUUUGGCCAUGUAGUGGACAUUGUGGCUCUAAAGACGAUGAAGAUGAGAGGACAGGCCUUUGUUAUAUUUAAAGAACUUGGCUCCUCCACCAAUGCCCUGAGGCAGUUGCAAGGCUUUCCAUUUUAUGGUAAACCAAUGCGCAUCCAGUAUGCAAAAACAGAUUCUGAUGUGAUUUCUAAAAUGCGUGGUACGUUUGCUGAUAAAGAGAAGAGAAAAGAGAAGAAGAAGAUCAAGUCCCUGGAACAGUCUGCUAAUGCUGCAAACAAGAAGCCAAAUCAGGGAGCAAACCAGAAUUCAGCAAAUUCCCAAGCAAACUCGCAGAAUCAACAGGUGCCUGAUAAUCCACCAAACUAUAUACUUUUCCUCAACAACUUGCCAGAAGAGACCAAUGAAAUGAUGUUGUCAAUGCUGUUCAAUCAGUUCCCUGGUUUCAAAGAAGUGCGCCUGGUGCCCGGCAGACACGACAUCGCAUUUGUGGAGUUUGAAAAUGACGGGCAGGCAGGAGCUGCUCGGGAUGCCCUCCAAGGAUUUAAAAUCACCCCUUCGCAUGCAAUGAAAAUCACUUAUGCCAAGAAGUGAUGGAAGGAAACUAGGAUCCCUGAAGGACUUGCUUAGUUUGGUUUUUCUUUCCUGCAACAUGCUGUAGGGUAAUUUGGAUUGAUUGAAGUGUGGUUCCUUGAAUUUAAGGAAAACAUCUGGUAUGGCAUUGUUGGGAGUUAGUCAAUACAAGUAUGUAAGAAUUCUAAACACAUUCAAGGAAUGCCAGAUGAAAAGCUGAAAGCUGUAAAAUUUGGUUGCUGUACAUAAGUCAGUUUUGUAUACUGUGA